UUCAGUGACGCGCUCUGCUCCAGAUCACCUGGACGCACUGUGAGGACUUUUUUUGAGUUGUGACUUCUGAGAAACCUUUUUAAGAUGGACGACUUGAAAACUUCGGACCGAUGUUUCCACAAGUCGUCGUUCAGCAUCAGCAGCCUGUUGUUGAGACGAGACGGGGUGAUGGAGGACCAGGAGAAGUCUCCAAAGGUUAGUGCUCACCUACAAUCUAAACUUCAUCCAGAGGAGACAUCCAGUCGAGAGGACAACUUUGACAGCGAGAGGAACUGCGAAAAACCCCAAAAAGCAGAAACCAAGCCGGUGACUGCAAAUGGAAAACGAGAAGGAAAUAAAGCCGAAUCAAAGAAAAACAGUGGAGCAGAAGAAGAAAGCGUCAAACCUCCUUUCAGCUAUAACGCGCUCAUCAUGAUGGCGAUCCGCCAGAGUCCGGACCGACGGCUCACACUGAACGGCAUCUACGAGUUCAUCAUGGACAACUUCCCGUACUACCGACAGAACCGACAAGGAUGGCAAAACUCCAUCAGGCACAACUUGAGUCUGAACAAGUGCUUCGUGAAAGUGCCUCGCCACUAUGAUGACCCGGGUAAAGGCAACUACUGGAUGCUGGACGCCUGCAGCGAGGACGUCUUCAUAGGUGGCACAUCUGGGAAGCUGCGACGCAGAGCCACAGCUGGAUCAAGAACCAAGCUCGCACUAAAGAGAGGAGGAGGAAGUCGCAUGAUGUCCUCCUGCAACACUGCAACAAGCGUGACUUUGGGUUCGUUUUACUGGCCACCGUUUCUGCCUCUCCAAACACCAGUGCGCACCCAUCACCACCACCUCGGACCUUAUCUGAGCGCUCAUCCUCGUUUCCAAGACAACGCAGCAUCCUUGGUGUCACAGCGGUCUCGUGCUGCUGCAGAUGCGGACCGGUUCGUGCAGAUGCAGCACCAGGAGAUGUCUUACAUCGGACUCAGCUGCGCGCAAUCCAGGCGUCAGAUUGGCACCACAGCUUUCUCCACAUCCAUCCCUGCUGCGUGCACACACCUGCCUCUGACGGAUCCAUACUCCUUUAACAUGAUCUCAGGACAAGCUAGUUACUUUUACUCCUCUCACCAGAUACCGUUUAGUCCGUGCCAAGAGGAGUGCGCCACAUCCAAGACGUCUCCAGGAGCGUUUUUAUCCAAGAAUGGACACUCAGACCUCGGAGGGUUCUGUAAUGACUUUCCAAAUUAUAGUCACCCUCAAGUCACUUCAAGUCCUCCUUCGUCUUGGAAUAUAGAGAAAUAGAGUAACAUAUAGUCAUAGUACCCGAUAUGUAAGAUUUAACACAUUGCUGUAAGGCAAGGCAAGGCAGCUUUAUUUGUAGAGCACAUUCCAGCAACAGGGCAAUUCAAAGUGCUUUAC